CGCGCACACGCGCGCACACACGCGCGGACACGCCAGCCCGCCGCUUCCUGGCCGCUCAAUGGGCCGAUUUGCCCCUACGAUCGCCCUGCCUUCAGCCCAAUCCGGCAUGAGAAAUUGCAAAAUGGCCCGGGUGGCCAGCGUGCUGGGGCUCGUCAUGCUCAGCGUGGCCCUGCUCAUCCUGUCGCUCAUCAGCUACGUGUCCCUGAAGAAGGAGAACAUCUUCACCACCCCCAAGUACGCCAGCCCGGGGGCGCCCCGAAUGUACAUGUUCCACGCGGGAUUCCGGUCGCAAUUUGCGCUGAAGUUUCUAGACCCGUCGUUUGUGCCCAUUACGAAUUCUCUCAACCAAGAACUGCAAGAGAAACCUCCUAAGUGGACAUUUAAUCGGACAGCGUUUUUGCACCAAAGGCAAGAAAUUCUUCAGCAUGUCGAUGUAAUAAAAAAUUUUUCUUUGACCAAGAAUAGUGUUCGGAUUGGACAGCUGAUGCACUAUGAUUAUUCCAGCCAUAAAUAUGUUUUCUCGAUUAGCAAUAACUUCCGGUCACUACUUCCAGAUGUUUCGCCCAUUGUGAAUAAGCAUUAUAACAUUUGUGCUGUGGUUGGCAACAGUGGGAUUCUGACAGGGAGCCAGUGUGGACAAGAAAUAGAUAAAUCCGAUUUCGUUUUUCGUUGCAAUUUUGCCCCUACGGAGGCUUUCCAAAGAGAUGUUGGAAGGAAAACCAACCUUACCACUUUCAACCCCAGCAUCUUGGAAAAAUAUUACAACAAUCUUUUGACCAUUCAGGACCGUAACAACUUUUUCCUCAGUUUAAAAAAGCUUGAUGGGGCCAUUCUUUGGAUCCCUGCGUUUUUCUUCCACACUUCCGCAACUGUUACCAGAACAUUAGUUGACUUUUUUGUUGAACACAGAGGUCAGUUAAAGGUUCAAUUGGCUUGGCCUGGAAACAUAAUGCAACAUGUCAACAGGUACUGGAGAAACAAACAUUUGUCGCCCAAACGGCUGAGCACAGGCAUUCUUAUGUACACCCUGGCAUCAGCAAUAUGUGAAGAGAUACACUUGUAUGGAUUCUGGCCUUUCGGAUUUGACCCCAACACCAAGGAAGAUCUUCCGUACCAUUACUAUGAUAAAAAAGGAACCAAAUUUACCACCAAGUGGCAGGAGUCCCACCAGCUUCCUGCUGAGUUUCAGCUACUGUACCGAAUGCAUGGGGAGGGGCUCACCAAGCUGACUCUGUCACACUGUGCCUAAGAACUCCAACGGAAAGUGCCAAAAUGGUGUUUAAAAAGUGCCCCAACUUGAAUUGAAUAGUCUUCAGAGUAGAGCCCUAGAGACUGUGUUAGAAGGCAAGUCUGCCACUUAAGGAAAGAUGUCUUCUCUCCCUCUUUCGCACUGCUCUCUGAAUGGACUUAGCAGACUUAACAGGACAGAAGCAUUGAAGCCACACAAUUUAAACUUGGUUGAUAAAAGGGAAUGUUGCGUUUGGAAAUAUGCUGAUAACAAAAUGGUUUAAAUUAUUUUUGUGUUUGUAUUUUACUAAACUGCCUCCCACUGGUUGAGGUGUAGAGCUGCACUUGGAAAUGAUCAGAGGGCUCUGGACAAUUAAGGCAGAAUUUAUUUUGCCAGUGGGAUC